UCAGUGUCACUGAGUCGUUGUGGAGAGAGGAUGUGCGCGCGUGGUGCUCCGUGCUGGCGAGACACGUGACCGUCCAUCUGCCUAUGUGUUGUUGACAAAGGGGCGAUGGCAGUGUCGGAGGAGUUCGUGGAGCAGCUGCGGGAGGUGUUCCGAGUGUGUGAUGUGGAGCGCAAGGGCACCAUCAGCCUGCCGCACCUGCUGCACCUGGCAGGGGAACACUUCGGCUCCAGUCAGAACAGCGUGACCUCGGCGGUGGCCGGCCUCGGGGUCACCGGCGACGUGAUAACCUUUCCUCAAUUCUGCGAGGUUGUGGCCACCAUCCUGACCUCCCACGGUAACCCUGAGGAAGCUGUGAGCUCACCUGUGUGGGAAGAAGACUACCUGGACGGCGCCGGCCCUUCUAGGUUACAAAGUCACGUGAAAGAAGCAGAAGACGACGACGUAAGAGGAAGAGAGAGAGGAGAGAGAAGAAAAAGAGGAGGAGAAGGAUUAGCAGAAGAAGAAGAGGAGGAGGAAGACCUAUCCUUCACUCCUGCAGGCGUAGGAGGAGGAGGAGGAGGAGGAGGAGGUGGUUUGGGUGCGUGGAGGAGGAGAAGGAGGAGAAAGAGAGGAGUGUUGGAGAGAAGAACAAUGCCUGGGGAGUAUUUAUCCUCUCCCUCUCCCUCCCUCUCACCUCUCACUGACGGGGACUCAGCGAUCGGAGGGAGCACCGCCUCUCCCGACUCCUCCAGGAAGACACACAGCGGGUGUUCCAGUAUGAGUGACCGGGAGGAGGAGAACUUCGAGUGUUACGGUGAGGCGGAUGACCUCGACGCUGACUCCGACAGUGCCAGGCUGGGCGCCCCUAAGCGGGUGGGGGGCACGGCCGUCGCGUCGCAGCUGUACAGAACUUCGUCCUUCUCGUCGGGUCGGUCUUCCGCUGCUGACCCUGACGAUAUGUACUCCGACGGCUCGCUGGAGGAGGACGUCAACGACCUAAGCCACAAGGUACAAAUGCUUCAGCAGCAGGUGGGCGUGCUGGCUGAGAACCAAAGCAACACAGACGACCGCUUCUCUCGCGUCAGGCAGGACAAUGCCGCCUACCAGGAGAGGGUGGUGAUGCUGGAGGAGCAGCUGCGGGAGGCGGAGCACAGGUAUGAGGAGCGACGAGCGGAGGAGCAGAGGCGGAACAGGGAGCUUCUGACACGGGUGGAGCGAGAGAAGCAACUCACAGUGGAAAAUUUUACCAUCAAGUUGGCCAGCCUGGAGAAGGACAAGACAGCGCUGGAGGAGGAGCUGAGGCGCACCAAGGCACUCCUGGAGAAGCUGCAGAAGGAGAAGGAGUCCCUGGAGGAUAGAGUGUCGGAGGCGGAGUUCACUGCCUCCGCCCUCCACCAGGAGAAUGCCAAGAUGGUGGAGCAGGGCAGGCGGAGGGACGAUGAGGGCAAGGUGGAGAGGGAGAGGAGUGCCCAGGUGAUCGAGGAGCUGCGGUGUGAGAUCGAGAGGCUGAGGGCGGCAGAGGAGGCAGAGCGGAAGAGAGCCCCCAGCGUGGAUGCCAGCAGCUCCCCACCCCCUGAGCUGCAGGCCACACUCAAGAGGCUCAGGGAGGAGAACAAGGGUCUGGUGGAGCAAGUGGAGGACCUCCAGGCGCAGCUGCUGACGUCGCACCUGGAGGAGGGUCGGACACUGGUCACCGCCACCAACAACAACUCUCUGGCCGCAGAGUUUGAGGCCAUGACCAGCGAGGAGGGAAAUCACUAUGGGAGUGACACAGUCGAGAAGCUGAAGAAGUCCCUGAAGGAUUCGCAGGAGGCCAACCAGCACCUGAGGGCGUACAUUGAUGGUAUCCUACUAAACAUUGUGGAGAAUUACCCUCAACUACUGGAAGUGAAACAGCCCAAGUGAUUGACAAGGCUGUUAGGAGGCAAUUAAGUGGUUCGGGGUGAUUAGGGACCUAGAGAGAGAGAGAGAGAGAGAGAGAGAGAGAGAGAGAGAGAGAGAGAGAGAGAGAGAGAGAGAGAGAGAGAGAGAGCAAUGUGAUUGGUGCAUCUUCUAACAAGUUCAAGUUUUAUCUGUCCUGUGAUUGGCUGGUGAUGUACUCAUGUUCUCAUUGGUGGAUUGGAACGAAGAUGUUUGUCCCUCUCCAUCUCUCUCUCCUUCGUGAUUGGUCAGCUUUAGGUGAAGUGUGUUUCUAUUGGCUGGUUAGUGAAUUAGGUCUUUUUCCUGAUUGGGUGAUUGGAUGAAUGUAACCGCCACUGCCUCCUCCUCCUCCUCCUCCUCCUCCUCCUCCUCCUCCUCCUCCUCCUCCUCCUCCUCCUCCUCCUCCUCCUUCUCCUCCUCCUCUUCUUCUUUCUGUGCUGAAUAAAAAAGAAAACAAAGAAACAAAAAAGAAAAAGAUAAAAUUUAUACAAAAGCAAGAGGAGAGAGAGAGAGAGAGAGAGAGAGAGAGAGAGAGAGAGAGAGAGAGAGAGAGAGAGAGAGAGAGAGAGAGAGAGAGAGAGAGAGAGAGAGAGAGAGCGCUGAAGUGAAGUAUGUGUUUGUGUAUGUAUAUGAGAGAGAGAGAGAGAGAGAGAGAGAGAGAGAGAGAGAGAGAGAGAGAGAGAGAGAGAGAGAGAGAGAAACAGUCCAAUACUCUAAUAUUUUAUGCAUAGAAUGAGUGAGAAUGAGAGAAUGAAUGAGAAGAGUGGUUUUGUAGGUUUGUUUGUUUGUUUGUUUGUUUGUUUGCUUAGGUGAUUAGUAAGUGUACUGGUAAACACUCAAAUAUAAUGUGUAUAGACGUGUUUGGACAGGUGUGUGAUUGUAGUCUUAACGAGAUUGGCUUUAUUUUGUAGAGCUGCUGUUACUACUACUACUACUACUACUACUACUACUACUACUACUAUUAUUUCUGGUAGUAAAAGUAUCUAUUGUUUUUUAUUCAUUCUACUACUACUACUACUACUACUACUACUACUACUACUACUACUACUACUACUACUACUGCUACUACUACUACUACUACUACUACUACUACUACUACUACCGCUACUACUACUACUCAUUAUAACUACUAUUUUUAAUUACAUUGUGACUUAGUUAUGUACAUAUGGUAUCAUAAUUAUUAUUACUAUUGCUGUCAUUAUCAUUAUUAAUAUUAUUGUAUCUUUUAUCAUUUUUUUAAACUCAUUCCUAGACUGUGGCAUGUGAUUACUAUUAUUAUUAUUAUUAUUAUUAUUAUUAUUAUUAUUAUUAUUAUUAUUAUUAUUGUUGUUCUUACGUACACCAUGAUCUGUGAUACGUACACACACACACACACACACACACACACACACACACACACACACACACACACACACACACACACACACACACACACACACAUAUGAAAGAAUAUUACAAGCUUUACUCAAUCCAGUGAACACACACACACACACACACACACACACACACACACACACACACACACACACACACACACACACACACACACACACACACAUCAUCAUCAUCAUCACCAUCAUCAUCAUCAUCGCCAUCACCAUUUGUUCUGUGUCCUCUCAACACCACACAUUACUAUGCAGUGAGGUCAUCAUUCUCUUAGGACAAAAAAUGCAAACUUUUCAAAACCAAAAAACAAAAAAAUGUAUACUGUAGUGAAUUAUUCUGAUGGAUGAAGUGGAUGAAGCGAAAAAAAAGAAUUAGAAAAUAUAAUGAGUAAUGAAUGAUGAAUAAAUACAAAUAUAGUGACAAUAAUGAAACACACAACAAGCUUCAUAAUAUUAAACUAUUUUUCCUGUAAAUAUUUUGUUAUUUUUUACCUAAAAGAACCAAAUUUCUCAAAACUAUAACCUUUUUUAUUAUCAUUUCUUACUUAUUUAUUUUUUAUUCAUGUCAUUAUUAUUAUUAUUAACUUUUCAUUUAGUUUUUUGCUUCACCCACAAGAAUAUAUAGGUUGUCUGUCUGUCUGUCUGUCCGUCUACCUGUCUACCUGUUUGUCCGUCAGUAAGGGUCAUAAUCUACCUGUAAUUACCAAGAUUUCCGCCCAAAUAUUCAGUUAAGGUGACGCCGCCAACCUUGACUCCGGUUGGCUACAGUGAGCCAGUUAAUUGACGAGUUAAGGAGGUGGUUGGUCAGUAGUUUGGUUGUUAGUCCGGUUGAUUGGUCUGUGGUCUCCCAGCUCCUCCCAGAGACCAAGAACAGAUGACAAAAGACCAAAGACAAUUUCAGUAACAAUAACCAAAUGAAAAGCAGAUUGGUUGUUAGUUUGGUUGACAGGUCUGUGGUCUCUAGCCUCACUCAAAGACCAGGGACAGACCAGAAUAGACCAAUGAAGACCAAGGACCAUUUCUGCAACCAUAAUCAUGUACAGAAUAGCUUGCUUGUUACUGUAGUUUGGUGUAAUUAACCUGUGGUCUGCCAGCUUGACUCAAACACCAGGGGCAGACCAGAACAGCCCAGAGAAGACCUAAGACCAUCCCAGUGGCAAUAAUUAUUUCAAAACAGCUCAAGAAUGGUAAAUAGAUUAGUUUGGUUAGUUGGUCUGUGAUUUCUCAGCAUCCCCCAAAGACCAGAACAGCCCAGAGAAGACCAAAGACCAUUCCAGUGACAAUAAUUUCUACACAACUCAAAUGUAAGAUAGACUGGGUGCUAAUAUGACUAACUGGUCCUGGUCUUCCUGCAUCAAAGACCAGAAACAGACCAGAAAAGACCAAAGACCAUUCCAGUGAUACAAUUUCCUAUCAGAACAUCACAGUAAUACAAAGCCAGACCAAUAGCAGCCCAUAAUGAACCCAAUAUACCAAAGAUUAUUGAAAGAAACCCAUAGACCAUUCAAAAACAGCCCAUUGGUGAGCCUAAGACCACAUUGUAAUAUUAAAUAGAGUAGCUUGAAGGAGGAACUACCCACUUGCAUUUAUAAAAAGUCUGAUUAAUGCAUAAAAUCAGCCCUGUUUCAGCCCAAGAUAAAUAGAAGUAGGAUUAGUUCAUUCCAACCCAGCCUGAAUAUGUUGAAAAUCCUGAAAAAAAAUGUGAAAAAUGGUGAUAUACUAAAAAAUAUAAUAACACAGCCUGGAAAUGCUAUAAAUCAUGAAAAAUGUGAAAAAUAGUAAUAUUCUUAAAAAAAAAAUACUAACUCAGCCAGAAAAUGUUGAAAAUAUUGAAAAGAUGUAAAAGAUGUUAAUAUACUGAAACCAAUACCACAAAAAAGGGCAGAAUAUCCAGGGCCUGCCACGUGUAAGCCUGGUCGCUCCUUGUAGCUUCCCUUAUUUCUUAUGUUCUUAUGAGUACUUAAUAUCACCCCAGAAAAUGACUCAAAAUACAACAGAUUUAUCGCAGAGAAAAUAAAAUAAUGAAAAUCAGACCAUUGGAGCCGUGACUGCACGCUGAAAGACCUUAAUGAAACAGACCCAUUCGGACCAUUUCCCCGUCCAAGUUCCUGUGUGUGUCUGCCUCACCUGGCCAGCCCGCACACCUGUCCUGGGUGAGGGUGGGUGAGAGCUGGGAGAGUGGAGGGUGAGUGGCGCUUUGGUGUACAUAUGUAAUUACCGACAGGCUGGUUGGCAUGUGUGUGUGUGUGUGCGUGUGUGUGUGUGUGUAAGUGGACAAUACAUUUAUUUUGUUGA